AUGUCUGACGAGAGUGAAAUUAGUGAUGAAGAUGAAUCCACUGGAAUGGUAAAACAAACUGAAACACAUGACGUUUACAUUAUGCCUGCAAAUGAUGGUGCUAUGACGGAUGAAGAUUCUGGCGAAGAAGAAAGCGUGGAUAUCUCUAAUCUUCCUGGAACACAGCUAAUUGCUUUUGCAGUACUGUAUUGGCAGAGACAACCAGACGUGUACAAUGAGCUUAUUGCUGACUCCAUGCGCCGCGAUCGCUUUGAUGAGAUCAUGAAAUAUUUUCAUGCUGCAGACAACACAAAGCUUCCCAAAAAAGGACAAUUCAUCAGGGGAAAACCUGUACGAUGGGGUUAUAAAGCAUGGGUUGCAGCUGAUCCAAAUGGUUAUGUUUUUGAUAUAUCUGUUUACCAAGGCAAAGAUGGUGCUAAGGAUAAGGCUAAUGCAUCUUAUGGACUUGGUGGAAAAGUUGUACUUGAUGUUUUGGAUGUGAUAGUAAAACGUUAUCCAACAAAGAAGUUAUCCCUUUACUUUGAUAACUUCUUCACAUCCCUCAAACUUGUAGAAGAAAUCAAGAGCAUGGGUCAUGAUGCUACUGGCACACUAAGAAAAAACCGAAUCGAAAAAUGCCCAUUUACAAAUCCUGCAAAGUUUAUGAAAUUACCUAGGGGAACUGAAGAACAUUUUUGUGAUGCUGAAUCUGGGAUAAUUGCAGCACGCUGGCAAGAUAAUGGCAUUGUAACAAUUGCAUCAUCUGAGUAUGGAGUAUCACCACUAGUGAAGGCUGAACGCUAUGUUACUUCUCAGAAGAAACGUAUGAAUGCCAAAUGCCAUCCAUCAGUAUAA